AAAACUCCCUAGCUUUGAAAUUUGAGUCUAAUUGGGCUCCCACUUUUCAAUUAGAUGACAUAUUUCUUUCGUCUUGUAAUUUGGGUCCGCCUUUCCCUGAGUGGCUUCGAAAUCAAAAUAAUUUCGUGAAUGUAGAUAUCUCGAACACUGGAAUUUCAGAUACAAUCCCUAAUUGGUUUUGGAACUUGUCCAAUUCCAACCUGGAACUCUUAAACCUUUCUCACAACAAGAUGAGUGGAAUUUUGCCAGAUUUCUCAUUAAAAUAUCCCAAUCUCCGAAACAUAGAUUUGAGUUUCAACCAGUUUGAGGGUCCAUUACCACUUUUUUCAUCAGAUACCACAUCAGCCUUGUUUCUCUCUAACAAUAAGUUUUCAGGUCCAGCUUCUUUUCGAUGUGAUUAUGGAAUUGGUAUCUUGAGGGUCCUUGACCUCUCAAAUAACCUGUUGACUGGAUGGAUUCCUGAUUGUGUAGGAGAUCUAGGUGUUCUGAAUUUGGCCAGCAACAACUUUUCAGGUAAAAUUCCCAGCUCCAUUGGAUCAAUGCUCAAUCUUCAAACAUUGAGUUUGCAUAAUAAUAGCUUUGUUGGAGAAUUACCUUUGUCUUUGAGGAAUUGUAGUUCUCUAGUAUUUUUAGACCUGAGCUCAAAUAAGUUGCGAGGAGAAAUACCAGGUUGGAUAGGAGAAAGCAUGCCAUCUCUGAAAGUCCUUUCCCUACAAUCUAAUGGAUUCAGUGGAAUCAUACCGCCAAAUCUUUGUCACCUAUCAAAUAUUCUGAUCUUGGACCUAUCUCUAAACAAUAUCUCAGGAAUCAUUCCAAAGUGCCUUAAUAACCUCACUUCCAUGGUUCAAAAAACAGAAUCAGAAUAUUCCCUUGCGAAUAAUGCUGUUCUUAGUACUCCUGACCCUUACAAGAGGUAUUCCAAGGCUAACACUUACGGGAGCCCUUGCAGGUCUGACACCAACAAGCGCCUUUACAGGCCUUACAUUUACAAGACCCUUCGCAGGUCUGAAACUUACGAGAGCCUUUACGAACGAGUUUAUUUUGAAUUUCAGAAUGAGAUCAGGGUUGGAUGGAAAGGAAGAGAGGAUGAAUAUGGAAACACACUAGGACUUUUGAGGAUCAUUAAUUUUGCAAGAAAUGAAUUAACAGGUGAAAUUCCAGAAGAAAUAACAGGACUCUUACAGUUGCUUGCACUGAAUUUAUCCGGAAAUAAUUUCACUGGAGAAAUCCCUCAAAAGAUUGGGCAGUUGAAACAGUUAGAAUCACUUGAUUUGUCAGGAAACCAAUUAUCAGGAGUAAUUCCUAUCACGAUGGCUGAUCUAAAUUUUCUGGCUUUCUUGAACCUCUCCAACAAUCACCUGUCGGGGAGGAUUCCAUUAAGCACUCAACUGCAAAGCUUUAAUGCUUCAGCAUUUACUGGUAACCUUGCAUUGUGCGGGAAGCCACUCUUACAGAGAUGCCCUGGAGAUGAGACGAAUCAAAGUCCACCUAAUAAUGAUGACAACCGAGGCAAAGAAGUCGUUGCUGAUGAAUUCAUGAAAUGGUUUUGUAUUUCUAUGGGAAUUGGUUUUAGUGUAUUCUUUUGGGGAGUUUCAGGUGCUUUACUGCUAAAACGUUCCUGGAGACUUGCCUAUUUCCGGUUCUUGGAUGAAUCAUGGGACUGGCUCCAUGUGAAGGUAGCAGUGCGCAAGGCACGACUUCAACGAGAAUUUCAGAGGCUCCACGAGCACGUUCUUGCUUAGAAGGAUUGCAAGGAGCUGCAGCUGGGUGCAUAACAGGUCCUCUUUGUCCACUGAGUUCGUAUUGUUUGUGCACGUGUUUGCUGGAGCUACAUCGUCCUUUACCUUGGCAACUUCAUCAUCGUCUACUACUACUAGUUUGAAAUUGUUGAAGUUGUUGAAGUGGUGGCACCAAAGCUGGAGUUUAUUCUGCAACGUUUCUUUUCAAAUUAUUUAUCUUAAUCUUGUUUGAAUCUGUAGAAUUUAAUAUUAUCUUGGAUAAGUCUAGUUAGUUAUAUAUAUCUCUUUAGAUAAAGGAGAUGAUGGUUGUUAUUUGAUUCUUGUCUUCUGUAGUGUUUGAUUUCUUCUAUAAAUAAAACUAGAGGGAUGGCAGUAACCUCACCCCCGUGUGUUUCUGCUCCUU